AUGAUGAAUUCUAAGUGGGCAAUAUCUCCUCCGUCCUGGAUUCUAGUAACUGGUGCAAACGGUUAUAUCGGCUCGCAUAUCGUUGACCAACUGCUUACUCUUGGGCUUCGCGUUCGAGGGACUGUACGAAACGACAAACCAUGGUUAGACCACUUUUUCCAGUCGAAAUACGGCCCAGGGAAAUUCGAGAGCGUCGUUGUGCCAAGGCUAGACGAUGACGAUGUCCUUCUUCGUAUCCUGGAUGGAAUCAGUGGCGUGAUUCAUGUGGCCUCCGAUCUUUCAUUCAGACCAGAUGCACACGAGGUGAUACCUCCAAUGGUAACGGCAAUGAGAAUGCUCCUCCGUGCUUCUUCGAGGACGUCUGUUGAGAGGUUCGUUCUGACAUCUUCGUCGAGCGCAGCUCUGCUGCCAAAUCCUGGAGUAGAAGGGAUAAAGGUGACAGAAGAGACUUGGAAUUACGGAGCAGUCAACGCGGCUUGGGAAAUCCACACCCCAGUUGAAAACAAGCACUGGAUGGUCUAUGCGGCCUCGAAGACAGAAGUUGAACGAGCAGCUUGGAAAUGGAUGAAGGAGUACAGCCCCUCUUUCGUGCUUAAUUCAGUGUUGCCAGAUACAAAUAUCGGCCCAAUUCUCCACCAAAAUAUUGGUGGAUCGACGAUGAAGAUUACGGCAAAUUUACUGGAAGGAAAUGAAAGUGCGAUCAAGAACGUUCCUCCUCAGUGGUUCGUCGAUGUCCAAGACAACGCGAAAAUGCACGUCAUCGCUCUUCUGAGCCCCGAGCUGGAAUCUGAGCGCCUAUUUGCUUUCAGCUCGCCAUUUAACUGGACCCAGGUUACCAACAUUUUGCGUAAUUUACGCCCCCAUGCCCCUGUACCAAGAGUUCCAGAAGGUGAGCAGGAAGAUCUCAUGGAUAUCAUACCAGCAAAAAGGGCCGAGGAACUUCUCAUGUCAUUUUAUGGUCAUGGAUGGACAAAUUUAGAAACUUCUCUGAAAAGAGGAAUUGAGAGUCUUAACAAGUAG